AGGUUAGGAAAAGUCAGCUGAUCAGUGUCAAAUCGCGAGCCGGGAGUGUCUGAAAGUGCUGAAAGAGUCUGCAAAAGUGGAAACUCUUGAUAGUUUUUCUGCUGUCUGAUCCAACAGUGGAUUGUGCAAUUCUCAAUUAAUCAAGAUGCGUCUGAUAAUUUGCGACACGGUUGAUCAUGUUGCUGAAUGGUCAGCGAAGUACGUAAUGAAAAGGAUUCAUGAUUUUCAACCAAACGAAAGCAAGUAUUUCGUCCUUGGAUUGCCAACAGGGACAAAAGAUGGCCAUUUUGAUCGAGUGUGGAAUAAAGUAUAGUGGUACUCCUUUAGGAAUGUAUAAAAAAUUAAUAGAGUAUUACAAGGCAGGAAAGCUUUCCUUUAAAUACGUAAAGACUUUUAAUAUGGACGAAUACGUAGAUUUGCCCAGGGACCAUCCCGAGUCCUACCACUAUUACAUGUACAAUAAUUUUUUUAAGCACAUUGACAUUGAUCCUAAAAAUGUUCACGUUCUUGACGGUAAUGCUCCAGAUCUUGAUAAAGAGUGUGAAGAUUUUGAAAACAAGAUUAAGGAAGCUGGGGGAGUUGAACUUUUCAUCGGAGGUAUCGGUCCUGAUGGCCAUAUUGCCUUUAAUGAGCCAGGAUCUUCCCUGACUUCAAGAACCAGAGUAAAGACUUUAGCCCAAGACACUUUGGAAGCAAAUGCUAGAUUUUUUGGUAACGAUAUCAACAAAGUUCCAAAAGAAGCUUUGACUGUUGGUGUCGGUACUGUGAUGGAUGCGAAGGAAGUGAUGAUUCUUAUUACUGGAUCUCACAAAGCUUUUGCACUCUACAAGGCCAUCGAAGAAGGCAUCAAUCAUAUGUGGACUGUAUCGGCUUUUCAGCAACAUCCACGCACUAUUAUACUCUGUGAUGAGGAUGCAACUAUGGAGCUACGUGUUAAGACUGUCAAAUACUUCAAGGCUCUGAGUGCCGUUCAUCUCAAAUUAAUUGAGGAAAGCCCAACUGCCCGUCGAUCUGUUACAUCCGUCGAAAGUCCUUAGGAAAAUAUUUUCUCCAUAUCGGAGUAAAUCUAUCCUGGAUCGAAGGACAUCAUGAAAAAAUUCUCGAUAUUUUCUACCUUUGUACUUUACGUGUUGUUACGCAUUUAUCUUAAUGCGCCUUUAAUAAAUUUACUAUUUUGCCAUGUUUUCUAUCAAGUCCAGAA